GGAUCUUUUCAAAGGCAGAAGAUCUCUCCGCACGUUUUGAAAAGUUGAUCGAACGAAUUGGAACGAGAGCCGGAAAAAAAUAGAGAAAUAUUAAAUAAAGAAAGUGAGAGGGAGAAAUAAACGAGCGCGUACGUUGAUGAAGACUAAAAAAAAUAAAAAAAUAGAAGCAAACAGGAGUAUCGAGUGAAGAGAGUAAAGAAAGUAAAUCGGGAGCAUCGAGUGAACGGAUUUACCGGAUGAGAAAAUGUCGGAGAAGAAUAAUCGCAAUGGCGAUUGUAGGUUGGUGAAAAGUGGGGGCGCAGUGCGGUCAUGCCAAGCGUUGAAACGUACAGUAGCUUGUGAGAGCACGAGGAAACGUGCCGGUAUCAUUACCGCCCGGGAAAUAGUGAAGCGAGUUCCUUCGCACCCGCGAUUUCGUAUUUUCAUAAUACCAUCCUUACUCAUAUACGUGUUAAAAAUUUAUAUAAGUGUCAUUGGGCGUUGUGCUACGUGUAUAAUGGGGGUAAUGGGGGUGUUCAAGUGGCUGAGAAAGGAUAUUGUUCAGCGAGAUCGUGAUCGCCGAGGCUUGUCGCCCAAAAUCAGCGGGUUAAAUAACGAAGCUUACAGAAACGCUCUUCAGGCUUUUAUCGAUCGACGACGAAGCACCAACGAAUCGUCGGAAUGCGUUGUUUCCCCCAAUAGUCCGGACAAGGAACGCUUCGAUUUAUUCAUCAAAACCAAAAACGAGAAUGAAAACAAAAACAAAAAGAUAAACGACAAGGAGAGAGCCGGCAUUCCUGGGGUUCCCCAUGUUCAUGCUUCCGACAUUUUCGAGAUAGGAUGGAUCGCUGGUACCGAAGAUCGUUACAUGGAGCUCAUGUUCGCCGAAUGGCAGAGCACCAGGGUAGCCCUCAGACGACACACUCAUCCCGAAUGUCGUGAGGCUGUCAAAGCCGAUCUCGAAGUUCUAACGGAAAUUCGACAUCCGAGCGUUCUAUUAUUGAUGGCAACGACUCACACCGACGAUCACGGUCUCGUGGCGAUAUUCGAGCCAGUCGAUUGCACACUAUAUAAUUUCGUGCACGAGCAGGGCGAACGUGUGUCCGUUCAGGGGAUCGCAAAGUGCGCCGGAAAUCUUGCAGGUGCUCUGAAGCACGCGCAUAUGCGAGGAUACGUACACGGAGCUAUAAGUCCCCACUGUGUUUUCCUCGCUACGUGCGGAACCGUGAAACUUGGCGGGUGGGAGCUCGCGCAUUCUCUCACCGGUCCAAACCGCAGCCAGGAAUUCGAGCAUCGAUUGAGAUACGAAAUAUUCAGAUGGCAAGCACCAGAGAUCUUCCGAGGACACGAACCGAGCAGAGCCACCGACGUCUACGGCUUAGCGCUUCUCAUGUGGGAAAUGUGUACCAUGAAUAUCCCGUGGAAUGGGCUGAGCAAAUCAGAGGUAGAGGCACAAUACGUACAGUGGGAACGGAGGGUCGUUACGGAUCUUUACAAUUUCCCACCAUUACUGAACAAACUUCUGGAGGCUGGACUACAGUUGGACAUUUCCAAGAGAACCUUAGACAUGAGUAGAAUGCGACGCUUUUUGCAGACUCUCGAGAUACAAUACGAGAAUGCGGAUCCGAUUUACGUGAGGACGUCAACAAACAACAACAACAACAACUCUCCCAAGUUACAAUCGAAAGUGAUUGAAGAGUAUCAUUUGACUGAUUCUCCACCGGUUCAAAAAUACACGGUAAUUCCAACACCGAAAUGUCACAAGCAACGAAAAGUAGCUAAAUCGAGGAACGUUCCUCGGUCUCUGAACCUGAAUAUCAGCGAGAAUGACGGAAAAGCGAAUCCGACGGAUUUGUUGUCGUUCAGUCAAAACGAAACGGCUCCGGCUGGGAUAAUUGAACAAGUUUUGAAGCCGACAAUGAGUGUGAAGAGAGUGAACGCUCGAAACGUCAACAAGGCGAGUCCAAAUGAAAAAAUAUCAAUAGCGAGUAAGCAGAGGCACUCGAAAAUUGGUGAAUAUGAAAAAACGAUUAUUCCGGAAGUAGUAGCAGCGGUUGACGUAAUCUCGACCGAGUCGUUGGAUUCCUCCGACGACGAAUCGUCUUUGAGCGAUACACGUGAAAGUACGAAGAGACUGCGACAAACAUUGGCGAAUAAAAGAAAUGAUUUCUUUUACGGUAACGAUUGUUCACAGUGUUUGCAAACCGAGGAUAUCGAUGCUGAUGAUGAUGAGGAUAAUAUAAAAUCACGGAUUUUGACAGAAGUGAGAAGCAAAGAUUACCAGCCGCACAAACCUGCCAGCCACAAAACGAGCCUGCAGCCGAAAGAGGCAAAACCAACCGGCCAAUUCAAUUCCCCACCACCGCGAAAGACGAAUCAAAAGAUCCAAAAAUUACCAUACUCUUACGUUCCGACUGCUGUAAGAGGCGCGGUGUCACAUCCGAAAGUCUUGAAUUCCAAUUCUCAGAGUUUUUUCGAAUCGUCUCUUUGGCGAAAAGAAAAAAUGAUUUGUAUAUCAAAAAUGCGAAAAGAUCCUAUCGACGAUUCAACUUUCUGUCUUCCACGCGACGCUCCGAGCUUCUCCGAAGCUACAAUUCCUAAAGCUGAAUCUCCUCAAAGUGACAAAACUUAUACAAUCGAUGAUAAGGUAAAUUCUAGCAACGAUACUCGAUUGAUUGUCAAGACUGAUUCACUCGAGUCGAACUCUGAAACGAUCGAGAGUAAAAAUUCGUUGCAAGCUUUGAGAGACUCUUUGGACCGAGCUACAGAAAUAGUAUUGUCGAGUACUACUACUGCUCAGGAAGACUCCACGAGCGAGGCUUCGUCACCGUCCAAAAGUCCGGAGGUUUUUGACCCAAACACCAGCAGCCAACACGAAUUUGUGUUCGAAAAUCUUUACGAAUUGAAGCACGAAGGCUCGGAUGGCGAGAUCAAAAGUAUCGAACGCAGCAACGAUGGAGAAAGACUAUUUUUCACAACGGAAAAACAGUCUGAAGAAGAAACAGCUAAUGAGGAAGCGAAAACUCAUUUUAAUGAGAAAAAUUCAGCUGUCACGAACGGAGUUAAUGCAGAAAACACAGAGCUCAAGAUUCGAAUGAGAAUCUCGCCUCGGGACGAUGUAAAAAAAAGCUCAUUCGAUCCUGCCAGAUUGUCAGGCGUUAUUUGCGAAUCAAUUGCAGAAAGUCUCCAUGAAAAUGAUCAUUCUAGCUCGGAUUCAAAAGCAGACGAUAGAACGGUCAUCCUGUCAAGAUCUCCUUUAAAUCCUGAAAUGGUAACUUGCCCAAAACCCGCCAAAAUCGAAUUGCCGGACGAUCCAAUCGUGACCAAUAUGAUUGAUGAUUCCGAGACUAGUUUCACUCUUAUGAUAUUUGGUGGCAAAGAUCGCGAAUGUCACUCCUGCAAUACUCAAAAUAACUUGCCUAGAAGAAGAUCGCUACCUGCUGCGCUCGGCCAAUUAAGAAAUUUGAGUAACAUGUCACUCGGAAAAUUACCGAUUAGAAAAGCUGGCGUAACGGAUAAUACGGUGGAGGACAUUUACAUAGACGACGAAUUUGGAGACAGUUUGAACGUAAACAUGGUGCUGUUGGAUGGCGAAGUAACAACGGAUGACGAAGAUUUUCUUCCUCAUUUAGAACUUUCGGACACGCCAGAUUAUCUCUAGACCAUCUUUGUCCGGCGAUCAAUCAAAAACAAUCAUUAUUUAUUUCCAUUUUUUAUUAUCAUUGACUGCGAAAAAAAAGUCGAAAGCUUAGUUAAAAGUGUCGUGUAACUCCGAUACACGGAAACAAUGUAGUAGCUUCGAAAAAUGAGAAGAAAAAACAGAUUUAAAAUGCUUAUUUGAGACUGCUUAAAUAUUUUUAUAACACGAUCCUUAUCGUUGACUAUAGAAACUUUUAUUUCAAGGAACAGUAUUAAUAAUUGAAAGCAACAUUGUCGAUUGCUCGUUUUAAUGGUAGAAAGUACAUGUGAUAUAAAAAAAAAAAAACGAGGACAAUACGUAGCGUUCGAGUGUAGAAAAAAUUUGAUUUACGUUCCUAAAAUAUAUUCUUUCAGAGGAUACAAGGUCUGAGCUUAAUUAACAGCACCAACCACAAGCUGUACUUUGAUUUUUUUUUAUCGUAAUAAUUGUCUACUUAUACUUUAUCUACUCUCAUUUAAGGCAUAAAUGUUUCAACGUAAUUAAUAUGGAAGAAAAAUAUGCCCUCUUCCAUAAUUGAGAAGCUUUAAAAGACAUUGUAAUUAUAUAUCUUCAGAUUGAAUAAACAUUCCCGUCAAUAAUUUAACUGUUAAUCAA